AGUGCAGAACAACACCGUGAGGCUACGGCGGGGGAGUUCCUGCUGAACUUGGCUUUCUUUCGAAGUAGGAGAGCGAGCGAGUUACCUACCCUCAGCCGAUCGGUGUGUGGGCUGGAGCUGCGGCUCUUGGGUUGUGUUCGUGGAGCGGCGAUCGCUCGGUGCGAGGCAAGAUGGCGGCGCUGGGGCUGCCGGCGCUGCUGCUGCUGCCCCUGUUGCUGGCGUUGAGCACCCCUCGGCCGGCCGCGUGCACGGGACCGGGACGUGGAGGCGGCGCUCGUUCUGUCACCCCCGGGGCCUUGCCAUGCAUCCCGGGCUGUACGUGCAGCGGGGAGCAGCUGGAUUGUAGCAAACAGGCCUGGACUCACAUUCCCCGCCAGCUGCCUUCUUGGGUCGUCUACCUAAACCUGAGCUACAACAAACUGGCAACAAUUGAUCCCUCUGUUUUCGCAGAACUGCACACUCUUCGUGAAAUACGACUUGAUCAUAACGAGUUGACUGCAAUCCCAAAGAUAGGACCUCCUUCUGCCAGCCUUGUGUUCCUCUAUUUGCACCACAACAAGAUCCGCAGCAUUGAGGCAAAUCACUUGAGCUACUACAAGUCUCUAGAAACACUCGACCUAACCUACAAUGAAAUUACUGAAAUCCAAAAUAAUUGUUUUCCACGACAACUCAAAAUUAAGGACCUCUAUCUGGGCAACAAUCGAAUAAGCACGUUGGAACCUGGCACAUUUGAUAAUUUGUCAAGCACCUUACAAGUUCUUCGACUAAGCAAAAAUCGAAUUUCACAUUUGCCUGUCAAGAUUUUCAAGUUACCACACCUGCUGCAUCUAGAGCUGAACCGAAACAGAAUACGUCUCAUCGAUGGGCUAACAUUCCAUGGAUUAGACAGUUUAGAAGUGCUUAAAUUACAGAGGAAUAACAUCAGUAAACUCAUGGAUGGUGCCUUUUGGGGUCUUGCCAGGAUGCAAGUUUUACAUUUGGACAGUAAUGUCUUAAAUGAAGUGACAAGUGGCUGGCUUUAUGGGCUGUCCUCUCUGCAGCAGCUUUUUCUGAACUACAAUACCAUCUCUCGAAUACAUCCUGAUGCCUGGGGAUUCUGCCAGAAGUUAGUGGAAUUAAACCUUUCACACAAUAACUUGAUCAGUUUGGAUGAGGGAAGCCUAACAGGGCUAAGUGGGCUCCAGAUUCUUCGCUUAAGUCACAACAGUAUAAGCCAUAUUGCUGAUGGGGCCUUUAAAGGACUUCGAACUCUACGAGUAUUGUAUGUAUUGAAAUUUGCUAUAUAG